CGGUGAUUUGAGUUCACGGCGUUCUGACUUCCCGGUGUUUUGGUUAGAAGCUGUGCGCCUAAAGGUGCGGUGUUUUGUGCCUCGCGAUGCUAUGGUUUCGCGUACGGGACGCACGUAUUGUCAAAGUGAGCAGUGCGUGCAAGACAGAUCUGGUGACGGACGCGCACUAUGAAGGAUGAUUAGCAGGACAGAUCCACACGUCGGACAAGAACGAGCUUGCCAAGGAGCGCCUUCAAAAAUGCGGCAGAAUCGACUUUCUGCAACGGCGCCAUUUUUUUCGGUUCGAAACGCUGCUUUCGCUGGCCGGCCGUUCCGUGUUGUGGUCACGUGCGCUUACCAAUUCGUAGUAUUUGCUGGUGCCUACGUGGGCACGCCUGGCGAAUAUAGCCAAGAUGUCUUCGGCUGGCAAAUCGGGCAUGACGAUUCAGCCCGAUACUGUGCUUGUCACUCUCCCAAUGUAUGGUCACAGGGCUUGCCCACUCGGUGCAAACAAAGUGGCGGCACCGUUGGCCCGGGGUCAGGUGAUGCCACGCACGUGACGCUUUGAUCACGUGAUACCGGUCACGUGAUGGCCGCUUUGUUUACAAG